AUGUCCCUCCUCUUCAAUUUAUUUUCUGAUUAUAAUAUCAUACCAACUUCUGAAUCAACUUUCUCAAACAGGGAAUCGGGAAAACUUAAGCGAUUUCACUCUUUCACUACUCCUGAACCAGAGUUAUUUGUUGGAUUUCAUGAAGACGUUGAAUGCUUGGUGCGACAUUUGGUGGAUGAAACUCGUGAUUCUUACCCACUUAUAUCUAUUUGUGGAAUGGGGGGCCUGGGAAAGACUACUCUCGCUCAAAAGAUAUACAAUCACUCUGCCAUCAAGACUCACUUUGCUGGUUUAGCAUGGGUAUCAAUUUCGCGAAAGUGGCAGACAGAUCGUGUGUUGCAGAGAAUUCUCAUAUGUCUCGUACCUGAGAACAAAGAAUCUAUCCUUAAUAUGGACAGCAACAAGCUAGUGGAGUAUAUGCUACAUAUUAAGGAACGGAAAAAAUGCUUGAUAGUCCUCGAUGACAUAUGGUCAACUGAUGCUUGGGAUGCAUUAAAAGCUGCAUUCCCAGCCGGGAAGUCCAUAAGCAAAUUAAUGCUUACAAGCCGUAAUGUUGAGGUUGCUAAGCAUGUAAAUUUGAACGGAUUCAUUCACAAGCCAGAAUGUCUAAAUCCAGAACAAAGUUGGGAGCUACUCAAGUUGAAAGCACUUCACACAGGAAAUUGUCUAGUGUUAUUCUUUGGCGUCUUCGGUCCGAGAAGUUUGCCACGGGCAUUGGGGUCACAUGUUGCCAAUUUUAGGUUCCUAAAAGUGUUUUCUGUGGAAAAAUACACAAAUUUUUCUGGUGCGUUUUCUCAUAUUAACUUUGGAAGAGCAUUAGGGUCCCUUGUUUACCUGCGAUAUCUUAGUGUAAGGGGCAGUAAUUUGUUGGUUUUUCCAUCUAUGCAAAAGUUGGUGUUGUUACAAACUCUUAACUUAGAUACAUUCGAGGGUAUGUAUGUUUUACCAUGGUUGUCAAGAGAUGUUCUGGUGAAACUGGAUUGUUUGCGGCAUCUGUAUUUGCCGAUAUUUAAAGUUAACGUUUUGGGAAGGAAAUCAAAUUUUCGGUUUAAUGGGUUGAGCAAGUUAGAGACCCUGGAGAACUUUGACAGUAGUUGGUGUGAGAUUAAGGAUCUACGUGAACUAAUCAAUCUUCGAAAACUAACGGUAACAGUGAGAGGUAGCUGUAAUAUUCUGGAAGAAAUGAUGAAAAACUUGGUUGAAAUAGCCUCCUCACCAUCUUUUUGUUUGAGGUACUUGGGUGUUUGUGUUCUUUAUUGUCAUCUUCGGCUGAAAAACGGUCUUACUAUCUUGAAACAAUUGGUGUGUGCUGAAAAAUUGAACCUUCGACAUUUGAGAAUACAUGGGCGUAUCCCAGAGGUGGGUCUAAUAUUUCCAGUGCGAUAUGUUGGGGAUAAUUAUGCACAUGUAUCUACAAUUCAUAUUACAAGUUUAAAUUUAUCGAGAUCAUACUUGGAAGAGGACCCGAUGCCAAUACUUGAAAUGCUUCCAAUGUUGGGUGAUCUCUUUAUGUUUACAGAUACAUUUGUGGGGAGGAAGAUGAUGUGCUCCGCAACCGGUUUUCCUAAACUCACCAAUCUUUGUUUGUACGAGUUCCCCAAUCUUGAAAAAUGGAGGGUGGAGAAAGGAAGUAUGCCUAUCCUUUCAUACUUGCUUAUUGAAAGUUGUAACAAGUUGAAGGAGCUUCCAAAAGGCCUGGUGUUCCUCAACUCCCUUCAAGUAUUAAGAAUAUACCAAAUGCCUCAAGAUUUCAAUGAUAGGCUUACAAGGAAUGAUGGUGACGAGGGACCUGACUUUCACAAAAUAUCUCAUGUCGAUCCGUAG